UAAUUUUACAGCGAUCUCUUACUAUGGCAGGCUUUUCACAUUUCCCACAUUUUGCAAAAAGACUUGAAGGAAAGGUGGCUUUGAUUACUGGAGGGGCUAGAGGCCUUGGUGAGUGCAUGACAAGGCUGUUCUGCAAAAAUGGCGCCAAGGUUGUGAUUGCCGACAUUCGAGACCAACAAGGACUCGCCCUCCAAGAUGGCAUAGGAGCUCAAUUCGCAACCUAUACACACUGCGACGUAACAAAAGAAACCGAUGUUGAGAAUGCAGUUAACAUAGCAAUAUCAAACUAUCAAAAGCUAGACAUAAUUGUGAACAACGCUGCAGCAAUAGAUGAUUAUCGUAAUCCUAGCAUUAUAAACAAUGAUGUAUCCGAAUUCGAGCACGUUCUUAGAGUUAACAUCACAGGACCUUUCUUGGGAAUCAAGCAUGCAGCUAGAGUGAUGAUUCCAGAGAAAAAGGGUAGUAUUGUAAAUGUAGGGAGUGUAAGUUCAAGCGUUGGAGGGAUUGCAACUCAUGCAUACACAAGCUCCAAACAUGGCUUAAUUGGACUCACAAAGAAUGCAGCUGCUGAUCUUGGCAAAUUUGGGAUAAGAGUGAAUUGCUUGUCUCCUUACUUUAUUGCAAAUGAUGCAGGUAAAGAGUUCUUCAAACUUGAUGAGGAAGGGUGCUUAAAUGUUUAUUCAAAUCUGAAAGGUGUUCAUUUGAUGGAAGAAGAUGUAGCACAAGCUGCAGUGUAUUUGGCUAGUGAUGAGUCGAAGUACAUUAGUGGUCAUAAUCUAGCCGUGGAUGGUGGUUUUACUACAAUCAAUCCAAUUUUUGGUGUGUUCUCACAAUCUUAAAUUGGAAUCUUCAAUUCAUACUCAUCUCUUUUAUGGAAUAACUGAUUCACUCUUCUUAUGAAAUCUUUAUUGUCUCUGCUUCCAGCUGCUU